GAAACAGUUCGAAUAGUCCUUUAAUUGCGGUGUCACCGAGUUCAUCAUUGCCAUUAAGUGUUAAGUCGAGAUAACAAGGUCCAUGCAAAUCGCCCAAAUAGUUAAUAUUACCCUGUCAGCCCAUGUGUGGGGAAUAGAAAGUCCAUGGUAGCGCACGUUUCCAGUCUUUUGAUUGGUUUACAUCCGCCUUAGCUCACUGUGUCAUCUAUAUGCGACUGUUACUAUCGCAAGUGGCGGGCAGGCUAAAAUAUGGCGCCAUCCCCAACCAAGAGGAAGGAAGACGACAAGAGCAAGCCGCGAGGUAAGGAGAAGUCGGGAGCCACGAAAGACGGAGCCGACAAAGACCGGAGCCGAGACAAGAACCGCACGCGGCGCAGUGCUUCCAGUGGCAGCAGCAGCUCCAGCUCCAGCAGCAGCUCAGGCUCCAGCUCAGGCUCCUCCAGUUCCUCUGCCUCCAGCCACUCGGGCUCAUCCCGCUCUUCUUCCUCCUCCUCGUCCUCCUCACCGAGCCCCAGCCGCCAGCGCCACAACAACAGACGACGCUCCCGCUCAAAGUCAAAAUCAGCAAAGAAGGACGACAGGGACCGACGGCGUAGGAGCCCCACACCCAAACCCACCAAGGUCUACCUGGGCCGGCUGACCAGAAAUGUUAUCAAGGAACACAUCCAGGAGAUCUUCUCCACUUACGGCAAGAUCAAGAUGAUCGACUUGCCCAUGAACCGCGUCCACCCGCUCCUGUCCAAAGGCUACGCCUACGUGGAGUUUGAGACCUCCGACGAGGCGGAGAAGGCCCUGAAACACAUGGAUGGAGGUCAGAUCGACGGCCAGGAGAUCACCGUCACAGCUGUGCUGACUCCCACAGUGCGCCCUCCCCCCCGCCGGCUGUCACCUCCCCGCAGGAUGCCCCCACCACCGCCAAUGUGGCGACGCACUCCGCCUCGCAUGAGGAGGAGGUCUCGGUCUCCACGGCGCCGCUCUCCGGUUCGUCGCAGGUCUCGUUCGCCUGGCCGCCGCCGGCAUCGCUCCCGCUCUAGUUCCAACUCCUCUCGCUAGUGAAAAAGGAACGCCCCUCCCCCUCUUUCCUUCCCUCUGGAUCUGCUCCUCUGCUGUGACCCAACGUGGUUAAUCACAAACCAUUUUGUGAUUUUAAAGCGAUUUAAAAGUUAUCGUUUGAAGAGACACACAUGAACGAGUCACAGUAACCUGCGGUGUCUUGUGUCCUAAUCGCUCAACCAGUAAGUUGACUAAGUUUAAAAAAAAAAAAAAUAUCCUGCAGUACAAUAUGGCAAUUGGUAUUGUCUGAAACCCAUCUGGCACGGCCCAGACGUUCACUUUCAGUACACAUUUUAAAUGGUGCUACUGGUCCUAAUUUCGGUUUGAAUCAGUACUGUGUUUUUAAAACCUUCCCUCUUCUAACCCUCCUCUUCCUUUUGCGAGUGACUCUCCAGUAUUACUCCUCCUAGUCGAUUUACAAGGGCAGCUAUACAAGUGAAAUACCAGUUUAGCACCAGGUGUCUGCUUCAUUUAGAAAACCUCAAAAAUGGCACAGUCGAUAUUAGAUUGUCAGUAAAAUGAGGUCAGAGGGUUAUUGCGUUAUUACUAGCACACAUCAGGAGUCCGGUUCUUCUUUUUCCACCUGAUUUUUACGUGUCACACCGUGACAUUCUGAUUUAGACGUUUGUAGUUUUAGUUGACUUGGUGUCUGUUUCUUUUCUCAUAAAUCUUGUUUUGUCUAGCUGGCUUGUGGAGUGACAAUAAAGUUCAUGUUUUGGACUGUAAAAAGAACCACA